UUUGACUGAGCAAUCCUAGUGACAGGAGCUGAAGAAGCAGUGCUGGUUGUCCCGUUUCCCCUCCCCCUUCCCUUCUCCGGCUGACUUCCCGGGUCCCCCACACUCCACAGUCCCGGUCCCAGCAUGUCCCAGAAACAAGAAGAGGAGAACCCUACGGAAGAGACCGGCGAGGAGAAACAGGACACCCAAGAGAAAGAAGGUGUUCUCCCUGAGAAAGCUGAGGAGGCAAAGCUAAAAGCCAAAUAUCCAAGCCUGGGACAAAAGCCUGGAGGCUCCGACUUCCUCAUGAAGAGACUCCAGAAAGGGCAAAAGUACUUUGACUCAGGAGACUACAACAUGGCCAAAGCCAAGAUGAAGAAUAAGCAGCUGCCCAGUGCAGGACCAGACAAGAACCUGGUGACCGGUGACCACAUCCCCACCCCCCAGGAUCUGCCCCAGAGAAAGUCCUCGCUCGUCACCAGCAAGCUUGCGGGUGGCCAAGUCGAAUGAUGCUGCCCGGGGCUCCGCCAGAUCCUGAGACGCUGCCCCCUGGGUCCUGUGCUGGCUCCUGCCCCUCCCUGCUUUUGCAGCCAGGGGUCAGGAGGUGGCUCGGGUGCGGGCUGGAGAGGCAGAAGCCCCUGCCCGUCGGUGUCCCAGCGCAUGGAGCCCCUUGGGCCGAGCACCAAGACCUUGACUCUUUUUUGUUUUUUCUUUUUUUUCCAAGUAAUUGUUGGGAGACAUCUCAGUGAA